AUGUGGAUGUACUCGGGUAUUGAUGACAGCACUCGGAUCCACCCGGAGGAAGUUGAUGAGGAGACGGUGGCGCAGUGGCUGCAGGGCAUCACUGGCAACAAGGACAACCCCAGGGGGUCUAGGAGGAUUCCCCCACUCGACAACACCAACGAACCAGACAAGAUCUACACUGAAAUGUAUUCGAUGCCCAACGGAGAGCAGGAGCAGGAGCAGGAGGGAGAGGCGAGCGGAGGUGACAGCGGUGACUGGCAUUCUGACGGAGGAGAAGAUGAGGAGAGUGAAGACUCAAGCAGUGGUGAGGAGGUUGACUCUCCACCUCGCCCGGAAAGACGCUCCAAGCAGAGGCAAGACCCAGCAAGUGUUCGUGGCAAAGCGACUCCACCGACUGGACAGACUUCAAAGCGCACUCGAACAUCUUCUCCUGUGCCGACUGAGAAAGCGCCGAAGCAGCCCAAAGUAGCGCCGUCAAAACCCCGGAAGGCCUUGCCCAAGAUUAAAGUGAACGUCCCCAUCGCUUCUGGUGCUGCUACCUCUGGGACUUCCAUUUAUAAGGAUGAUGAUGAUGAGGAGAUGGAAGAUGCGGUCACAUCCAAAGCUGCUCCGCAAAAUGUUAUUGAACUUCCAGAUGACGACGAAGAUGUGCCACAGAAGCCCACGGGAAGGAGGGGCAGGACCUCGGGCAGGAGGACACCAGCUAGCCAGACGCCUCAGUCGACGCUGGCGGCAGAACCGGCUAUCCAGCAGUCCGGGGAUCUCAACCGUGCUUUUGUUACUUUUGCGGUUCCAUUGUCGAGUGCACAUCCUUCAGCGUCGACUGCACAGGCCCCUGCUUCAUCUGUGCAACUCCAUGCCUCAGAUUCUCAAGCUGCUACAGCUGAUCCACCGUCUUCACUUUUCACCGCCCAUCAUGUCUCAGAGGACCAAGUGAGCGUCGCCAAGGAAGCUAUACGCCAGGCGGGCCUUAUGAUGGAGCAGAUGAAAAUGGUGCGCGAGGCUAGUCAAGCUGCCUAUGACGCCAGCUCAGCACUCCAGGCCAAUGUCCAGAAAUCUUGUGAACUUGAAGCCCGGUUUGCUGACUUGGAGCAGAAGCAGAUCCAGCUCAAUCUUGAUCUGGAGUUUGCCAAGGAGAACUUGCAGAAGGCUAAGGAUGAUGCUGCUGAAAAAAUGAACCAGGCUUUGGAGAAGAAGGAUCUUGACCUUGCAGCCGCACAAAAAUCGACCGAAGAGAAAACAACACUUGCCGACCAGAAGCUGGCUUCAGUCGGGAAGUUAGAAACAGAAAAUGCCAAGCUAAAGACUGCUCUUGACGAGGCCAAUAAGGAGGUGACUCGGCUGAAGAAGGACAAGGGAGCUUUGACUGACAAGGUUGGUGAUCUCAGUCGGAGGAGAAACGAGCUGGAGACUUAUCUGGGAGGACUCGCCAAGAAAUUAUUCCUUAUGCUUGAAGCAUUACAGACUACCUCGCUCGACUGA